AUGGCAUCACCAUCGACCACGAGAUCGAGUGUCGCCACCAGCAGUCGCGCAUCCGCCACUAGCAGUAGAUCGGUAUUCACUGAGACGCGUCUGUCUGCCGUCACCAAAUCGACUGUCUCUUCUGCCCAGAUCUCCAGCACGCCUAUGAGAUCAUCGACUAGCGGGAUAACAACUACAAAACACACGCACAUGACAGUGGACGGUGUCGUUCGCGACGAGUUAGGGCACGCGUUGUAUCGCAACUGCUCCAUUGAAAACAUCCUGCAAUCCAUCUCUGACCUUGAUGAUGCGCAACUGCUAGAGCGCCAAGAGUUAGCACGGGAUCUCGCACAGAAGUUCUCGGAGGAUGAAGAGCUUAAGUGCCUAGAGGAGAAUUAUCUCAGGCAAUCACUCGAGCCACAAGCCUACGUGCCGUUCUGCGAGCUGGUUAACGCCAUUAUCGAUCACCUGGGUAUCGAGGGCGACAAUCGAUUCUUGGCUAUUGGACAGAAGAAUAUGAUACUCGCUCAUGGGAUGGGGGAUCAGAAGUCUGACGUUGUGUUUGUCACAAAGUCAGUGUACGAUGUUUCCAUGAAGAAACUGGGGCCUGUCACUUCCGGCAGCGUUGUCUCUUCGAGCGCCUCCCUUGAACACCAUAAUAAAUCGAGCAAUGAAGUAGAGACGAUUCUCGACGCUGCUCGCGCCCUGGGCUUCGUCGAAAUGAAAUGGGAAAAACGGAAGCGCAGCCGUACCCUUGCAACCGCUUCUAAGCGCACCCCUCGCCCUGCAGGUGCAUGCACUUCUCAGCGCAACUCCGACCAACCCUCCAAAAGCAGUCUCUCAGAUCGAUCCAAGCUCCAGGCGACAGCCACGAAACGCGCAAGAAGCCCUUCCGCAGAUGGAACAUUACCCAGCAAGCGGAAGAAGUCACCAAACGGGUACACUACCACCCCCGCUCAGCCCAUUUCGCCCUUUGCCCUCGACGGUCCAGGUGUCAUCCCCCCCACUGGUUCCGAGGUGCAACUUGGCGGCUACGCCAUGAAAGGACAGAGCGAUGGAUGCUUCCGACAGUGGACCGUGGCUCGGUCUCUGGCUGUUCACUGGUUCCAGAGUUUGGGCCUCCACAGCCAUCAUAUAGUUGGCCAACGAGAACACUUCAUGCUUCUCCUUCUUCUCUUCACAUCCGCCUCUCCGUCACAGCUGGGGAUGAACACUGCUAUCAAAGAUACAAUCGACGCCGACGUGGGACGUGGCACAACGGCCUAUCGCACUCGAUUUGCAUCGGAAGACGUCGUGGUGAUGGUCUGCUUUCCCCCGAAGACCAGGAAAUCGGAGGUCGAAUUCAUCGCUCGAUUCCGACAGCACGCCGACAUUAUGGACAUGGUCCCAAAGGUCUUUGCCCAUAGUACUAUCGAAAUGCCCGACUUCCUCGAACUUGUCCUCCGCUCCAAAUCCAAACCCAAGGUCGAACCUGACGUGCGCCAGAUGAGAGUGUUUGUCAUGAAGCGAUACCAGACACUUUCUGAGGUUACCUCUGCGGAUGAUCUGUUAUCCAUUAUCAGAGAUAUCGGGCGCUACCCAGAUUCCAAAGACAUCAUGGGAGGGGGCACAGAUUGGCUCACACAUGCGAAAGGAAGGCUGAAUGGACUGGAGGCUUUGUUUGGAAUCGACGAUAAUACUACUGUUGCACAGUGA